AUGUCCGGUGCGAAAUCGGGAAGUGACUCUGAGAACAGCAAAAAAUCCGGUAGUGAUGAUGACCAAAAAUCUGAUGAUUCUAACCGCUCAUCGACCCCCUCGGUGGAGGAAAGUCCCGAACCUGAGGUGGAAAUUACAGCGAGUGAACAGCGAGACCAGAGCAGCAAUAGUGGCUCUACCGUCUACGCUCAAACUGAUGAAAACGAUCGAAAGCAUCUAGUGGGCAGCGGAGAUGUCAGCCCCAUAAAGAAGGACAGAAAACGUCGUAAAAUUAAAGGAAAAUCGGAUAAUCGUGAGGGAAAUAAUAGCAGCACCUCCGGAUCGCCUGAAGCCCUUAAAAAACCGAAAAAGUUUAAAAAUACACUUGAAAUAACCAGUGAAAAACACGGCGACAACUCUGAGAAAUCUAACGAUGAAGCUAAUGAACAAAUGGAUGAAGAAUAUGAAUCGUCAAUCCAAUCUUCUAAUGAGAGUAUGCCGGAAUAUCCUCCUGGACUACCAAAAAGCAAAGAGCCUGUCGAAAGUGAGUGCUACGACAGCCCUAAAAGCAUUGUUCCAUCUGUGCCCAUUAUUCAACACGAUCUAAACAUUCAGCAGAAAAUUGAAAACAUUUUUGGAGGCAGUGGAAAGCCAAAAACUCCAUCCAAUGCGAAUAAUUCAGAAUUUAUUAUCCCCCGCAGAACUGUGCCACUAGAGUACUUAAACCGGAAUAGGAACAGGGCACCUGUAACCCCAACACAAAACAGGUUCCAAGUUUUAGCUAACGAAAGGUUGGCCGUACAAGCUAAUGCCCCUGCUGGCCCAUCUACGUCCGGAACUGGCGUUUCCAAACCGCCUAUCUCUAAACCUAAGGUGUCUUCAGCCCCAGCAAAGGCAAUAAAAAAUAAAAAACCACCCCCAGUGGUUAUAAGUGGCACGUUUACCAACCAAAAAGCUUUGAUCAACACACUUAAAACCAACAUAAAAAAAGGAUUUAAUAUCAAAAAUACCAAAAAUAAUACGGUGAUUCAUAUAGAGGAGGAAACUGAAUACGAUACGUACGUAGGGAGUCUAAUACAUGAAGAAAUCGCAUUCCACACCUACGCAAAGGGUACGGAAAAAACUCAUGCAUUUAUUCUUCGUGGCCUAGAUGCGGAAGACAUCACGGAGGAUGAAAAAGUGACGGACAGAAAUGUAGUGGUACAGGGUGGACGCUCUAUAAGUGACACCAUUAAACAAUCAAGUUCUCCGUAUUCGCGGGCAGGAUGUCUCGGUAGAGGUCGUGGCGUGUCCACGAAAAACAAAGAAAACGUGCCACGAAGCUCAGUGACCCCAAUAGUGCCCAAAAAUCCAAAAUCCAUAGUGCAAGUGCUAAGUGAAACAGUUAUUGACCCGUAUGGGAAUGAACGUACGACCAAAACUGUCAACAACACUGUGCGACAUCUAGACACUAAUGUAAUAAUCUCACCAUCCACAAAUAAAGAAAAGUGCAAUACCACUGAACAACAAGAAGAAAACUUCAUCAGUGAGUAUGAAAAACUAAACAACAGUGUUCUGCUAAACGUGGUUAGAAAAGAAGUUGGACUUCCUGAAAUACCCACAUCAAACGAACAGAUUCCUUCAACCAAAGUAUUACGUAGCGACACUGAAGAUCGCUGUAAUGCCAUCACGGAGUGUAGUGACAAAGAAGAUCGCUACUCCGCCAUCGUAAAGGAAUCUGUAUCGCAAAACAUAGAAUUCAAAGAAGUUUCCCACUUUAAAAAUCCAACUGAAAACGAAGUGCGACAUCUAGCAGAGAGAAGCCGAAAACGAAGGAAGAAAAAGAAGAAACCUGUCGACGGGUACGCUUCGGAUACCAGCAGUGCAUCCUGUGCUCCUGAUACCCGAAAACCGAAAAAGACUGCUAAAAUCCCCAAAACAACCCCCAAAAUAAGCAAAACUGUUCCCGAUAUGAUAACGGGAGACGUAAAAGAGGUUCCCGAAAACCCAAAUGCGGUUCCACCCCCAAAUAAUGGCCAAAAUGAUAAAAAUGAAGGAAACCUACAAGAAAAAGGUAUUCCUGGAAAACCCACCCCCGUUACUGAAGAACCCUUUGUAAUACCAAGGAAAAUUAUAUCCUUUAAAUCCAUUAAAAUUAAAGAAACCACUGAACAAGUCCAAAUUCCAUUAAGGAACAAAUUCCAAGACGCUGAAGCCACCCCCUCAACAUCCACCCAACAAACAGCCACCCAGGAAGUAAUGGAUACGGCAAACGGAGAAACACAAAACCAACAACCAACCAACAUCUGCAAAAGGAAACUCUAA